AUGGACAGAUCUCUACCACAGUCACCACCACAGUCUCUACCACAGUCACCACCACAUCACUACCACAGUCUCUACCACAGUCACCACCACAGUCUCUACCACAGUCUCUACCACAGUCACCACCACAGUCACCACCACAGUCUCUACCACAGUCUCUACCACAGUCUCUACCACAGUCUCUACCACAGUCUCUACCACAGUCUCUACCACAGUCACCACCACAGUCUCUACCACAGUCACCACCACAGUCUCUACCACAGUCACUACCACAGUCACCACCACAGUCACCACCACAGUCUCUACCACAGUCUCUACCACAGUCACUACCACAGUCACCACCACAGUCACCACCACAGUCUCUACCACAGUCUCUACCACAGUCUCUACCACAGUCACUACCACAGUCACUACCACAGUCUCUACCACAGUCUCUACCACAGUCUCUACCACAGUCUCUACCACAGUCACUACCACAGUCUACCACAUCACCACCACAGUCUCUACCACAGUCACCACCACAGUCUCUACCACAGUCUCUACCACAGUCACCACCACAGUCUCUACCACAGUCACCACCACAGUCUCUACCACAGUCUCUACCACAGUCACCACCACAGUCACCACCACAGUCUCUACCACAGUCUCUACCACAGUCACCACCACAGUCUCUACCACAGUCUCUACCACAGUCACCACCACAGUCUCUACCACAGUCACUACCACAGUCACCACCACAGUCACCACCACAGUCUCUACCACAGUCACUACCACAGUCUCUACCACAGUCUCUACCACAGUCUCUACCACAGUCACCACCACAGUCUCUACCACAGUCACUACCACAGUCACCACCACAGUCUCUACCACAGUCACUACCACAGUCACUACCACAGUCACCACCACAGUCUCUACCACAGUCUCUACCACAGUCUCUACCACAGUCUCUACCACAGUCUCUACCACAGUCUCUACCACAGUCACCACCACAGUCUCUACCACAGUCACUACCACAGUCACCACCACAGUCUCUACCACAGUCUCUACCACAGUCUCUACCACAGUCACCACCACAGUCUCUACCACAGUCACUACCACAGUCACCACCACAGUCACCACCACAGUCUCUACCACAGUCUCUACCACAGUCACUACCACAGUCACCACCACAGUCACCACCACAGUCUCUACCACAGUCUCUACCACAGUCUCUACCACAGUCACUACCACAGUCACUACCACAGUCUCUACCACAGUCUCUACCACAGUCACUACCACAUCACCACCACAGUCACCACCACAGUCUCUACCACAGUCUCUACCACAGUCUCUACCACAGUCACCACCACAGUCUCUACCACAGUCACCACCACAGUCUCUACCACAGUCACCACCACAGUCUCUACCACAGUCACUACCACAGUCUCUACCACAGUCACUACCACAGUCACUACCACAGUCUCUACCACAGUCUCUACCACAGUCACUACCACAGUCACCACCACAGUCACCACCACAGUCUCUACCACAGUCUCUACCACAGUCUCUACCACAGUCUACCACAGUCACUACCACAGUCUCUACCACAGUCACUACCACAGUCACUACCACAGUCUCUACCACAGUCUCUACCACAGUCUCUACCACAGUCUCUACCACAGUCACUACCACAGUCUCUACCACAGUCUCUACCACAGUCUCUACCACAGUCACUACCACAGUCUACCACAGUCUCUACCACAGUCUCUACCACAGUCUCUACCACAGUCUCUACCACAGUCUACCACAGUCUCUACCACAGUCACUACCACAGUCUCUACCACAGUCACUACCACAGUCUCUACCACAGUCUCUACCACAGUCACCACCACAGUCUCUUCCACAGUCUCUACCACAGUCUCUACCACAGUCUCUACCACAGUCUCUACCACAGUCACUACCACAGUCACCACCACAGUCUCUACCACAGUCUCUACCACAGUCUCCACCACAGUCUCUACCACAGUCACCACCAGUCUCUACCACAGUCACUACCACAGUCUCUACCACAGUCUCUACCACAGUCACUACCACAGUCACUACCACAGUCACUACCACAGUCACCACCACAGUCACCACCACAGUCUCUACCACAGUCUCUACCACAGUCACUACCACAGUCACUACCACAGUCUCUACCACAGUCUCUACCACAGUCUCUACCACAGUCUCUACCACAGUCUCUACCACAGUCUCUACCACAGUCACUACCACAGUCACUACCACAGUCUCUACCACAGUCUCUACCACAGUCUCUACCACAGUCACUACCACAGUCUACCACAUCACUACCACAGUCUCUACCACAGUCUCUACCACAGUCUCUACCACAGUCACUACCACAGUCACUACCACAGUCACUACCACAGUCUCUACCACAGUCUCUACCACAGUCUCUACCACAGUCACUACCACAGUCACUACCACAGUCUCUACCACAGUCUCUACCACAGUCUCUACCACAGUCUCUACCACAGUCUCUACCACAGUCUCUACCACAGUCUCUACCACAGUCUCUACCACAGUCUCUACCACAGUCACUACCACAUCUACCACAGUCUCUACCACAGUCACUACCACAGUCUCUACCACAGUCUCUACCACAGUCACUACCACAGUCUCUACCACAGUCUCUACCACAGUCUCUACCACAGUCUCUACCACAGUCUCUACCACAGUCACUACCACAGUCACCACCACAGUCUCUACCACAGUCUCUACCACAGUCUCUACCACAGUCUCUACCACAGUCUCUACCACAGUCUCUACCACAGUCACCACCACAGUCUCUACCACAGUCACUACCACAGUCUACCACAUUUCUACCACAGUCACUACAGUCUCUACCACAGUCACUACCACAGUCUCUACCACAGUCUCUACCACAGUCACUACCACAGUCUCUACCACAGUCACUACCACAGUCUCUACCACAGUCACUACCACAGUCUCUACCACAGUCUCUACCACAGUCACCACCACAGUCUCUACCACAGUCACCACCACAGUCUCUACCACAGUCACUACCACAGUCUACCACAUCACUACAGUCUCUACCACAGUCACUACCACAGUCACUACCACAGUCUCUACCACAGUCUCUACCACAGUUUCUACCACAGUCUCUACCACAGUCUCUACCACAGUCACUACAGUCUCUACCACAGUCACUACCACAGUCUCUACCACAGUCUCUACCACAGUCUACCACAGUCUCUACCACAGUCACUACCACAGUCACCACCACAGUCUCUACCACAGUCUCUACCACAGUCUCUACCACAGUCACUACAGUCUCUACCACAGUCUCUACCACAGUCUCUACCACAGUCUACCACAGUCUACCACAGUCUCUACCACAGUCACUACCACAGUCACCACCACAGUCUCUACCACAGUCUCUACCACAGUCACUACCACAGUCACCACCACAGUCUCUACCACAGUCUCUACCACAGUCUCUACCACAGUCUCUACCACAGUCUCUACCACAGUCACCACCACAGUCUCUACCACAGUCACUACCACAGUCUACCACAUCACUACAGUCUCUACCACAGUCACUACCACAGUCUCUACCACAGUCUCUACCACAGUUUCUACCACAGUCUCUACCACAGUCUCUACCACAGUCUCUACCACAGUCUCUACCACAGUCUCUACCACAGUCUCUACCACAGUUUCUACCACAGUCACUACAGUCUCUACCACAGUCUCUACCACAGUUUCUACCACAGUCUCUACCACAGUCACUACAGUCUCUACCACAGUCUCUACCACAGUCUCUACCACAGUCUCUACCACAGUCUCUACCACAGUCUCUACCACAGUCACCACCACAGUCUCUACCACAGUCACUACCACAGUCUCUACCACAUCUACCACAGUCUCUACCACAGUCACUACCACAGUCACCACCACAGUCUCUACCACAGUCUCUACCACAGUCACUACUACAGUCACCACCACAGUCUCUACCACAGUCUCUACCACAGUCUCUACCACAGUCUCUACCACAGUCUCUACCACAGUCUCUACCACAGUCACCACCACAGUCUCUACCACAGUCACUACCACAGUCUACCACAGUCUCUACCACAGUCUCUACCACAGUCACCACCACAGUCUCUACCACAGUCUCUACCACAGUCUCUACCACAGUCACCACCACAGUCUCUACCACAGUCUACCACAGUCUACCACAGUCUCUACCACAGUCACUACCACAGUCACCACCACAGUCUCUACCACAGUCUCUACCACAGUCACUACCACAGUCACCACCACAGUCUCUACCACAGUCUCUACCACAGUCUCUACCACAGUCUCUACCACAGUCUCUACCACAGUCACCACCACAGUCUCUACCACAGUCACUACCACAGUCUACCACAUCACUACAGUCUCUACCACAGUCACUACCACAGUCUCUACCACAGUCUCUACCACAGUUUCUACCACAGUCUCUACCACAGUCUCUACCACAGUCUCUACCACAGUCUCUACCACAGUCUCUACCACAGUCUCUACCACAGUUUCUACCACAGUCACUACAGUCUCUACCACAGUCUCUACCACAGUUUCUACCACAGUCUCUACCACAGUCACUACAGUCUCUACCACAGUCUCUACCACAGUCUCUACCACAGUCUCUACCACAGUCUCUACCACAGUCUCUACCACAGUCACCACCACAGUCUCUACCACAGUCACUACCACAGUCUCUACCACAGUCUCUACCACAGUCUCUACCACAGUCACUACAGUCUCUACCACAGUCUCUACCACAGUCUCUACCACAUCACUACUACAGUCACCACCACAGUCUCUACCACAGUCUCUACCACAGUCUCUACCACAGUCUCUACCACAGUCUCUACCACAGUCUCUACCACAGUCACCACCACAGUCUCUACCACAGUCACUACCACAGUCUACCACAGUCUCUACCACAGUCUCUACCACAGUCACCACCACAGUCUCUACCACAGUUUCUACCACAGUCACUACAGUCUCUACCACAGUCACUACCACAGUCACUACCACAGUCUCUACCACAGUCUCUACCACAGUUUCUACCACAGUCUCUACCACAGUCUCUACCACAGUCUCUACCACAGUCUCUACCACAGUUUCUACCACAGUCACUACAGUCUCUACCACAGUCACUACCACAGUCUCUACCACAGUCUCUACCACAGUUUCUACCACAGUCUCUACCACAGUCUCUACCACAGUCUCUACCACAGUCUCUACCACAGUUUCUACCACAGUCACUACAGUCUCUACCACAGUCUCUACCACAGUCUCUACCACAGUCACUACAGUCUCUACCACAGUCUCUACCACAGUCUCUACCACAGUCACCACCACAGUCUCUACCACAGUCUCUACCACAGUCUCUACCACAGUCUCUACCACAGUCUCUACCACAGUCACUACAGUCUCUACCACAGUCUCUACCACAGUCUCUACCACAGUCUACCACAGUCUCUACCACAGUCACUACCACAGUCACCACCACAGUCUCUACCACAGUCACUACCACAGUCACCACCACAGUCUCUACCACAGUCUCUACCACAGUCUCUACCACAGUCUCUACCACAGUCUCUACCACAGUCACCACCACAGUCUCUACCACAGUCACUACCACAGUCUACCACAGUCUCUACCACAGUCUCUACCACAGUCACCACCACAGUCUCUACCACAGUCUCUACCACAGUCUCUACCACAGUCUCUACCACAGUCACUACAGUCUCUACCACAGUCUCUACCACAGUCUCUACCACAGUCUACCACAGUCUCUACCACAGUCACUACCACAGUCACCACCACAGUCUCUACCACAGUCUCUACCACAGUCACUACAGUCUCUACCACAGUCACUACCACAGUCUCUACCACAGUCUCUACCACAGUUUCUACCACAGUCUCUACCACAGUCUCUACCACAGUCUCUACCACAGUCUCUACCACAGUUUCUACCACAGUCACUACAGUCUCUACCACAGUCACUACCACAGUCUCUACCACAGUCUCUACCACAGUUUCUACCACAGUCUCUACCACAGUCUCUACCACAGUCUCUACCACAGUCUCUACCACAGUCUCUACCACAGUCUCUACCACAGUCACCACCACAGUCUCUACCACAGUCACCACCACAGUCACCACCACAGUCUCUACCACAGUCACUACCACAGUCUCUACCACAGUCUCUACCACAGUUUCUACCACAGUCUCUACCACAGUCUCUACCACAGUCUCUACCACAGUCUCUACCACAGUUUCUACCACAGUCACUACAGUCUCUACCACAGUCUCUACCACAGUUUCUACCACAGUCUCUACCACAGUCUCUACCACAGUCUCUACCACAGUCUCUACCACAGUCACCACCACAGUCACUACCACAGUCACCACCACGGUCUCUACCACAGUCUCUACCACAGUCUCUACCACAGUCUCUACCACAGUCUCUACCACAGUCUCUACCACAGUCUCUACCACAGUCUCUACCACAGUCACUACCACAGUCUCUACCACAGUCUCUACCACAGUCUCUACCACAGUCACCACCACAGUCUCUACCACAGUCACCACCACAGUCUCUACCACAGUCUCUACCACAGUCACUACCACAGUCACCACCACAGUCUCUACCACAGUCUCUACCACAGUCACCACCACAGUCUCUACCACAGUCUCUACCACAGUCACCACCACAGUCUCUACCACAGUCUCUACCACAGUCACUACCACAGUCUCUACCACAGUCACCACCACAGUCUCUACCACAGUCUCUACCACAGUCACUACCACAGUCUCUACCACAGUCUCUACCACAGUCUCUACCACAGUCACCACCACAGUCUCUACCACAGUCACCACCACAGUCUCUACCACAGUCUCUACCACAGUCACUACCACAGUCACCACCACAGUCUCUACCACAGUCACUACCACAGUCUCUACCACAGUCUCUACCACAGUCACCACCACAGUCUCUACCACAGUCACCACCACAGUCUCUACCACAGUCUCUACCACAGUCUCUACCACAGUCACCACCACAGUCUCUACCACAGUCUCUACCACAGUCUCUACCACAGUCACCACCACAGUCUCUACCACAGUCACCACCACAGUCUCUACCACAGUCUCUACCACAGUCUCUACCACAGUCUCUACCACAGUCUCUACCACAGUCUCUACCACAGUCUCUACCACAGUCACUACCACAGUCACCACCACAGUCUCUACCACAGUCUCUACCACAGUCACUACCACAGUCUCUACCACAGUCUCUACCACAGUCUCUACCACAGUCACUACCACAGUCACCACCACAGUCACCACCACAGUCUCUACCACAGUCACUACCACAGUCACUACCACAGUCUCUACCACAGUCUCUACCACAGUCUCUACCACAGUCACCACCACAGUCACCACCACAGUCACCACCACAGUCUCUACCACAGUCACUACCACAGUCUCUACCACAGUCUCUACCACAGUCUCUACCACAGUCACUACCACAGUCACUACCACAGUCACUACCACAGUCUCUACCACAGUCUCUACCACAGUCACUACCACAGUCUCUACCACAGUCUCUACCACAGUCACUACCACAGUCUCUACCACAGUCUCUACCACAGUCUCUACCACAGUCUCUACCACAGUCUCUACCACAGUCACUACCACAGUCUCUACCACAGUCUCUACCACAGUCUCUACCACAGUCUCUACCACAGUCUCUACCACAGUCUCUACCACAGUCUCUACCACAGUCUCUACCACAGUCUCUACCACAGUCUCUACCACAGUCUCUACCACAGUCUCUACCACAGUCUCUACCACAUCCCCGCUGGCCUCAGUCCCCGCUGGCCUCAGUCCCCGCUGGCCUCAGUCCCCGCUGGCCUCAGUCCCCGCUGGCCUCAGUCCCCGCUGGCCUCAGUCCCCGCUGGCCUCAGUCCCCGCUGGCCUCAGUCCCCGCUGGCCUCAGUCCCCGCUGGCCUCAGUCCCCCGUGGCCUCUGCUCUGCGUCCCCAACGGCAGUCUCCUGUCCAGCGGCAGUCUCCUGUCCAGCGGCAGUCUCCUGUCCAGCGGCAGUCUCCUGUCCAGCGGCAGUCUCUGUCCAGCGGCAGUUCUCUGUCCAGCGGCAGUCUCCUGUCCAGCGGCCCUGUCCAAGGCCCUGUCCAAGGCCCUGUCCAAGGCCCUGUCCAAGGCCCUGUCCAAGGGCAGCAGCGAGGCCGGCACAGAGGCGGAGAACAAAGUGACAGUACAUUUUGUGAACAGAGAUGGGGAGAAGGUGACGGUGAAAGGCUCAGCGGGAGAGUCUCUGCUCGACCUCGUCAUCAACCAGGACCUGGACUUCGACGGUUUCGGGGCCUGUGAGGGGACCUUGGCGUGUUCUACUUGUCACUUAAUCUUCGACGAUGACGUUUUUAAACAACUGGGACCAGUCACAGACGAAGAGAUGGACAUGUUGGACCUGGCAUACGGACUCACUGACACGUCUCGCCUGGGUUGCCAGGUCUGUCUGACCAAGUCUCUGGAUGGGAUGGUGGCGCGUGUCCCUGAGAGCGUGGCAGACAUCAGACAGAGCAAAGACGGCUCCUCGUAA